CAUCAUUCCGCUGUCUUUCGACGCAAGGCUGGUAUGAAUUUGCUUUGCGAUCGCAACUUUUGUGGUUGCUCCCAACUCGGCCAGCCCAUCUGAAGGCCCGACUGUGCUCAAGGUGACGCUAUUCUCACGGUGAAUCGGAUCAGGCGAUCACAGGAUAUCCAGGAAUGCGCACGAACCCGCCAACAUGAAUCUCCUUCUCAGCGACGACUACCUCCUCCAAGACUACCCCGAGAACAUCACCAACACGAUUCGAUCCGGUCACACAACAUGUAUGCGCUUCAACCGGCGCGGCGACUUCUUGGCAUCCGGGCGGGUGGACGGAACAGUUGUAGUAUGGGACCUCGAAACAAUGGGCGUCGCGCGCAAGCUGCGCGGUCAUAGAGCGGCCAUCACGAGCUUGAGCUGGUCGCGGUGUGGGCGCUAUCUCCUGAGCGCCUGUCAGGGCUGGAGAGCGGUGCUCUGGGAUCUGGAGGACGGCACGCCAUACAGAGAAGUCCGGUUCAGGGCGCCCGUGUACACGGCAGACCUGCACCCGUGGAACCACCACCAGUUUGUCGCUUCGAUCUUCGAGCAGGCACCGUGCCUGGUGGACGUCACCGAGCCUAUAGACGUCAAGCACACGCUGCCUUCUGCGCCGAGGAGGAACAACGAGGACGCCGACGCAGCGACGAAGGAGAAGCAGGCCAAGGAGGAUGCGAAACAGAUGACGACCGCGACCGUGUAUUCAGUCACGGGCGACCACAUACUGGCGGCCACGAAUAAAGGCAAGCUGAACAUCUUGGAUGUGAAUACGCACGAGAUCAUAUGGUCGGAGAAGAUAUGCAGUGGUGUCGUAACGACGAUGCGGCUAACGGCGUCUGGGAGGGAGCUACUCGUCAAUUCGCAAGACCGCAUUAUCAGGACGUUCAACGUGCCGAACCUGUCAGCGGAGGACCUCGACCCAGAUACGAUCCAGGUGCCGCUAGAGCACAAGUUCCAGGACGUUGUCAACAGGCUAUCUUGGAACCAUGUCACGUUCAGCGCUACGGGCGAGUACGUCGCGGCAUCUACAUACAACAAUCACGAGAUCUAUAUAUGGGAGCGAGGUCACGGCUCGCUCGUGCGGAUGCUGGAGGGCCCAAAAGAGGAACAGGGCGUCAUCGAAUGGCAUCCGCACCGCGCUAUGCUCGCGGCCUGCGGGCUCGAGACGGGUCGUAUCUACAUCUGGAGCGUGACGAGCCCGCAGAAAUGGUCUGCACUCGCCCCCGACUUUAUGGAGGUUGAGGAGAACGUCGAGUACGUGGAGAAAGAAGACGAGUUUGACAUCCACCCGCAGGAGGAGAUCAAGAGGAGGCAGCUGGAUGCCGAGGAUGAGGAUAUUGAUGUGCUUACCAUAGAUCCACGGAGUAGGGGUCACGAUGACGACGUGGAAGGCAGUGGGGCUGGCUUUACGAUGCCGGUUCUCUUUGACUUGGGUGCAAGUGACAGCGAGGAAGAGUUUGUGGCAGUAUCAACGGGUACAGUGAGGCGCAGGAGUAUGGGAGAGGCAGGUGAAGGCCAGCAUGGCGAUGCGGAUGACAAGGGUACAGCCGGCGGGAAGAAAUUGCCGGUAAAAGGUGCUAGGGGGAGAAAAAGAUGAGCACAAGCGGACAUGUCUUCCAAGGUCCUGUGUAAAUGCCAGCCAUGAUACCAAGAUAAUCGGAAUAUUCGAUAUGUUGAAGAAUCGCAUGAGUUGCCAUGCCACGUAUUACAUGGGCCGUGGCACAAAUCGUUGCCUUUGUGGAUUCAAAUAG